GUGGACAUGUCAAAGGUGAAUGUGGACAGCCUAAAACCCUGGAUUGCUCAACGCAUCACUGAACUUCUAUGCAUUGAGGAUGAUGUCAUCGUCGAAUUUGUCUACAACCAGUUAGAAGCCAGGCCAUGAUGAUAGUAAAAUGGCCUCCCAUCUCAGAGACAAGACAAGGCACGCUCAUUCGCAGGGUUUUACCAUAAGCUAAAUCUUAUCGGAGCUCCGCUCCUCGUCGAAGGCUGCCUGCAAACCAAGGUUUGAUAUAUGUUUUCUUCAUGUCACUUUUCUGAGUUGACUCAUGUGCAUUUUGUACCAUCAGGGUCUGUGGUAUCAUUGUUAAUAACUGCAUCAGUUAGGCCUUGGUGAUUGUCUCCCAUCACAUUGCCUUGCACCGGUGAGGCUUUGGUUGGUGCUCAGAUUGUGCGAAACGUUUGCUUUUGCAAACUGAAUAUCAACCCUCUCCCUUUCUCAGACAAGUUUGUUAAAAGGAGCAGAAACACCAUAUUUGGUAGUUAGCAUUUUAAAAAAAAGAAAAAGAAAAUAAAGGCUUUGUAGCAUGGCUUAUUCUCAUGGUACUAGUUCACUUAACAUCACCAAAGUAUGGUUUUGCAUCAGUGCGUGCGGCAGUAUGGACCUACCUUGAGGAACAAGAGGAGCCCAGUUUCUUAUGCAAAAGAACAUCAUCUACGCUUCAUUGAGCAACUUUGUAUGGCUGCAACCCUUAUAAUGGCAUUUUUUAUGAUGUAUGUGCAUGUUCCCUGUUUGCCGAUAGAUGUUGACAUGCUAUGGAAGUUAACACACUGAAGCUGAAAUGUCUCCAGUACAGUUGUUUUUGUUUCCAAUGUUGCUGCCAGUUGUGUAUAGGCUCUUCUGUUUAAUGUGAGGAUUUUUUUGUGCAUGCAAUCACUAUUUUUCUGAGAGGUUAAUGUACUUUGGAAAUUGUACUGGAAGUGUUUUUUUUUUUUGUUUGUUUGUUUUGUUGUUUUUUUUUUUCUAAGAAAAGUGGAAGGUAAGGAUAAUGUGCUAACUAUAACUAGUGACAGAGAAGCAGGAGGUCAGAGUAAGUUUAUGAUAGUGUGUGUGUAUGUGUGUGCAUGCAUGCUAGCACACUACUACAUGGAUGUCUUUUUUUCACUUGGAGUGAAAGGUGUACUCUUUACUUCGCUGUCAAUUUAUACACAAGUUUUGCUCCUGCUGCCAAUAAGAGUUAGCUUUGUUUCUUUUUAACUUUUUUCCAGAACAAGCCUUUCAGCAUACAUAAUUUGAGAAGAACUGCAGUAAUGUGAUUUCUUGAUGUAGAUAUUUUAGUGUGAUUUUGAAUACUAAUUUGCAUUCUCUUUUGCAGACAUUUGAGUUCGGGGUUUCAGCUGACAAGUAUGACACAGCCAUGCGUAGGUGUUUCACUCUCAGCUGGAACCUCGUCCCUGGGAGACCUGGGUAGCAAGUAAAAAAGUACUUAGUUGGGGAUGUUUGUGACCCCUUCCCCAGUCCAGCUGAGCAAGAGAAGUGUCAUGUUUGUUCAAACUCAAACCCAUCUGUGUCAUAACAAGAAGGUAUUGGUCAGCAAAGUAAGGUACUCGUUAGACAGCACACAUUGGUGUAUCGCUGUAUUACUGCAUGAAAAUGGGGGGAAAUAGUAGGUGUUUGCCUGGGAGUUAAACUGCAUCCAGCAGUGUUUACCUCGAGAGGGACUCAUCUUGACCAACCCUCACCAGAACCAGAUGCUGUAGCAGAUGUGUGACACUACAUUCCUGAGCCUCGUGGAGAGGCUUUGCUAUGUUUAGAUCUGUUGUGCAUAAACGUAGACCAUUGAAACCUUCUGCAAGAAGAACAUAGCAAAUUGCGUGCCUUCCCCUUUAUCUCUGUUGGCAGUAUCCAGAUCCCCGAGACAUGCAGAUUAAUUUGACUGGCUUCCUGAACGCCAAGAAUGCUCGCACCUUUAUGACAGAAAUGUGGGAACUGUUGUGCAGUGCGCAGGACAACGUGACUGGCAUUCCUACCAAGUUUCUUGAGCAGAAGAAAGAGGAGAUAAAGAAGAGACAGGCUGAACAAGAACGAAUCCAGGCAACGCUAAAAAAACAUGAAGAGCAGAUAAAAGAAACUUUAAAUCGUGAAAGAAAAGAAGCAGAACGACAGAACAGAACACCAGACAGAAAGAGAAAUCGUUCGAGGACCAGGAGCAGAAGUAGGACUAGGACCCCUGAGAAAGAAAAGGAGAAAGACAAAGAAAAAUCUAGUGCUGCUGAUCCAGCAACAAAAACGCCUGAUUCACCUGUGUUGCCGGGGCCACAGUCCAUAAAGCAGAACCCCAACACAGCAUCUGUGGAUGAGAACAUAAAAACCAGCGAGGCAGAUAUCAAGGAAAAAAAUUUGAAGAAUGAAGAAGCUGCACAGAAUGCAGAUGGUGAAGUGAAGGAAGAAAAAUCCAGAUCCAGAGAAGACAAAGACAAGAAAGAUAAUAAGCGAAGCCGAUCAAGGUCAAGAUCCCCACGUCACAAAAAACGUGACAGGUCUAGGUCAAAGAGCUCUGACAGAAGGCGGCGUGGUCGCAGUAAGUCGAGAUCUCGCUCUCGAAGAAGAUCUCGAUCACCCAGGCGCAGUUCUCCUCGUCGCAGGUCUCGCAGCCCUCGUCGUAGGCGUGUUUCACCUCGACGAGAUAGACGAUCACCACGCAGGUCACCAAGAAGAUCUCCACCAAGAAGACGUAGAUAUUCUAGUAGUGGAGAUGAAUCCAGUGACUCUACACCUGAGAAAAAGAAGAUGGGCAGCAAAAGAAAGAAUUCAGAGGGAGAUGCUGGUGAUGCAAGAGCAACUUCUCCAGAGAAACAAGGAAUCCAGCAACGCCGCAACUAUCGAGGUCAUGCUGAUGAUGAUGUUGCCUCAUCUUCAGGGUCAUCUUCUGAAGAAGAAGCCCCUCGUUCUGGAAGAAUACAUGGUGAACGAGACAGAUCAGCAUCAGAUACUCGCCGCCGCCGAAGCCCCUCACCCUUCAGAAGACGCAGACCCAUUGUUUCUCCUCGCAGACGCUCUCUGUCUCCACGACGACGAUCACCACCACCACGCAGACCCAGGCGGCCCAGCCCAAUGCGUCAGCAAAUGACUCGAAAUCCACCACCCAGAUUUCUUGCUUUCAGAGAUACAAGACAGAAAGGGAGGUCUUCAUAUAUGGAAUCUCCCAUGCCUGGUCGACACCGACCAUCAUCUUCAGCUUCUCCAGCGCCACGCCGCCCCAGUCCUCCCCCCCGCCAAAGAGCUGCUUCACCUGUGCGGUCUCGUCGUCACUCCACUUCUGCCUCACCACCCAGACCUCGUAAGCUGUCAUCAGCAUCGCCUGCUGAUGAUGCCUCCUCUUCUUCUGGAUCAGAAUCAGGAUCCGUAUCACCUGAACGGACAGGCAAAGUACGGAAGGGGUCCAUCUCAUCACCUGAGAAAUCAAUCAAGCAUAAAAAGCGUGACUCUUCAUCUUCAUCUUCCUCAGGUUCAGAGUCGCCACCUACAUUCAAAAAGCCAGGACCACUGGCUGCUCGAUCUCGACAGCGUUCUGCAUCACCAGAUGAAGGUCAUCGCAGGCAGAGAAAUUCUUUUGCUUCUACCAUGCCAGCUCCUUACCGACAGCGCCCCUCUAAUUCUCCAGUAGAAAGACGUGUCAAGAGACCAUCCACGCCUGAUAACAUUAGGCAGCAGAGAAGCCCUGAGCGACGGCGAGAAACUUCUCCCAGCCCUGUGGCAGACAGGAGAGGCAAUAAACGUGCUAGUUCUGACGACAGACCCAGUGCUAGGCAUGCAAGUCCUCCUGAUAGAGGUUCAGGAAGGCGACCAAGCCCAAGUGAUAGAGGCAGUGGAAGACGCACUAGUCCUGAUGAUAAAGAAAGCAUAAGACGAGACAGAGAUCGCAGACAGCAGUCGCCUCCUCCUGCAGUGAAAGAAAGGCGCAUGUCAUCAUCUUCCCCUCCACCACAGCGUGUUUCACAUACCUCCAUGUCACCAGAAGAACCUCGUCGUGCUGACAAGAGAAGUCGGCAGAGAGAGGAGCAGAGUUCUCCACCAGGGAGGAGAACAUCUUCCCCUGAGGGUCAGCGCAAGGGAAAGAGAAAGUCACGGCCAUCACACUCACCUGAUGAGAAAAGAUUUAAGCGGGCAUCAUCCGAUUCCGAUUCUAGUGUGGAGAGUGAGAAAUUUGAUAAAAGAGGAAAACCCAGCAUUGUCAGACAGGUGUCUGGGGAUUCAAGAGGGAGUGAGUCGCCAAAAAAGGUGCCCAAGAAACGAUCAUAUUCCUCCAGCAGUUCAGAUGAGCCACAAAAGCCAGUUACUCCUAGCAGGGGAGAAGAGGAGAAAAGUAAGGUGAUAAAACGUUCCAGUUACUCCUCCAGUCCAGAAGGUAGGCUGCCAGGAGAUGGGAGUGAAGGUCACCGGCGCUUGUUUGUGGUGAAGCGGGAAGAUAAGGAAAAGAGUGCUGCAACAGCUGCAGCGAAAGUUGAACACAUCAGCCCUAUCAGAAAUGGGAGCUCUUCAAGACUGGCAAAGGUGGAAGCUUCUAAGUCUGCCAGUGAUUCUGAGGGCUCGGACUCUGAUGCAGCUUCAAAAAAAAAGAAGAAAAAGAACAAGAAGCACAAAAAACACAAGAAGCACAAGAAACACAAGCAAAAGAAAUCUGUAAAAGAUGAGGAAGAGGGUUCUGAAGAAGAGAGUCUAGAGGAGCUUGAGCGACAGUUGCGGGAAAAGGCACUGAGGUCCAUGAGAGCCAAGGCAGCCAUGUCCGUCCCCUCCGGCAGCGAACAUGCGAAAACGUCGACAGACAAGGCAGAUUCUGGCGACUAAAAACUUUUUGUAAACUUCAUUUCUUGUUGUCCAUUCUUGCUUGUAUCAGGACUGACAAGCAAGCCAGCGAAAUUGAACUUAAGCUCAUCAGUGAAAUGAUGCUUCAUGGUGGGUGUGGUUCAUUGCAGCUUUGGAAGUAUUUGUUUCCAGAACCCUUUUUACAAGUUUGAUGCACCGCAGAAAGGUAUAUUCAGAGUGGAUUAUUACUGUGUUAGGUGAAGCGUUAAUGUGCUUGCUAGAGACUGAAGAUUGCAAGAGGCAUCUUCCCAGUGAAGGCAUGAAGCCACAUGUGCCAGCAUCCACCUUGUGCAUUAGUGGUAUUUGUAAGUCAUUGUAAGUCUGUUUGCAGUUCGCUUCAAAGAUCCAUUGCUUUUCUUUUUUUUUUUUUUUUCAUUAAACAUUUUUGAGGUUUAGAAUUGGAUGGUCCUCUUGGGUGUGGUGUUUCGAGAUUUGCACCUGGGUUUGCAUCUUUGAAUUUGAAGUGAAUGCAGUCGCAGUUAUUGCCUUUGAAAAUAUAAUGGCAUGUUAGCUUUAGCACUGCUGCCAGCUGGAUGGACUUAUUUAAACAUAUCCACUCUGCCACUGUUCAUUUUUAUUUCAGUACUGCUUGAUAGGUUAGAAAAAGGAGGUUUUUACUGUGUCCAGUGGAAUCUAAGUCAAACUCCUGUCUGUAAUAAAUUUUAAAAAAUCACUGCUCUAGGGCUAUGUUUCAUCAUUGCAAUUUGUGAUUAAGCUCAUUCUUCUUAUAUCAAAAAUGUUAUUCCCUAUGGAAGUGCCUCUGCCUAGUAUAGUGUCAUAAUUAUCCUUUAGCGGGCCCAUGCUUAAAUAUAAGUAUCAGUGUUGGCAUAGGAUAUCGGGCUUUGCCAGAAAGUCUUUUGCUACAAGAAGACCUUUUUAAAAAUCUGAGAUCAAGAUAAUACCUUUUUGAACAUAUUUUUUAAUAGCAGCCAUUGAAUCAGAGUAAUCUUAGGUGAAGUGAAUAACACUUUUCAGCUUUGUAUCAUCUGAUGAAACUGAUAGUAGGCAUCUUCUGUUUAAUUUCAAAGGUAGUUUAGGACUUUGUGUGAGCCAGUAACUUCUUGCUACAAUUAUUGAUAUGCAAUUCUCUUAAAUAAUGAGAGAAGCUGAAGCCAGGACAAGUAUUAUUCAACUAUGUUGAUGUGGUGUAGACUGUAAAAUAUACCUUACUGUGCAACCACUCCUUCCUUUGCUCCCAACCCCUUUUUAUAUAAAGUUAUCAUGAGCGGUAUAUGUGAAUUGGAAUGAGUUGAUUUAUAAUUUUUAUUGUAUCCACAUUAAAGUUAGGGAAACUUUCAUAAAAUGUCAAACUUCUAAAUAUCUUUCUUGUCAAUUGAUAAAUAUUGUGAACAUGCCGAAGAGGCUGACUCCUGGUGCAACAGUCGCACACUCCACUUAUUAAUUUUGUUUCAUCACAGUGAGUUUUUUGGUCCCUUGAAUUUCAUUGGUUUUGGUGAAAGUUUUUUUCUUCUAGGGGUUAGGUAUGUAUCAUGGCUUUAAACUUUGUGGGUGUAUAUGCCCAUGCAAGACAGCUUACAACAGCUGCUGUUCUUUAGUUAGAUUAGAUGCUAUGCUGAAAGCAUCCUAAUGAAAAUGAAAUAGUGAUUCAAUGGCUUUGGGCGUGGCAGUUGUGGAACAGGAUAAGGCCAAACAGCUGUGUGCAUAAGAGAGGAUGCAAGUGUGUAGUCAUCGAAAUGUUAUGUCCACAGCGUAUAGGCAACAUGUAGCAUGGAAGUAUCUGCCAAGACCUGCCUGACAAAAAUCAUUUUCUGAAUCUUGUCCAUAUGGAAUGUUUUGAAACUUAGUGAAUUCUUAAUAGUUUUGUUACCAUUUUGUGACAUUUAUGGACAAGGAUCUAUUACCGUACCCAAUGAAACAUACAUGGUGUGAUGCUGCGAGUACUCAAUAUAUAGCACUAAACUUUGCAAGAACCUUGUGUGCUUUAUCUUGUAUGCUGAUUCUUGGGUGUAUCAAAGCUUUUGCUUACAGCUUCUGACCCCAGAAUAUUUUGUGAGGAAAAGUGGGUGUUUUUGAACAACUUAUGAGCUGCACCAACUGAAACACAGGUGCAUUUUAUUUUUGCCGCAUGGACGAUUGGACUUGUGUUGCGAAGUCAUCAGUCCCAGUUAUCUGCAAUGUGUUAACAUUUUGAGAGAGUGGGUGAACAGGAAGUACUUCAUUUUCAUGCCUUUCUUGUUUUAUACUUUCAUCUGUAUCAUAUGCUCAUACUUUUUCUCUGACAAUAGAGCAGCAUACUUUGAACUUUUUUUUGUGGAACAAUUUAUUUGCACAUGUAGAUGUUGAAUGGCCAACCAGUCUAAUAUCUUUCUUUUUUGUUUGUUAAAGAUGUAAAUAAAUCUUUGUUGGCAUGUUAAA